ACAGGAGCAGGUAGAGAGGAGUUGGGGCAGGGAACCCCCCGAGCGGUAGCGAAGGAAGCCACGGCGUCGGUGGCCGGGAGGGCGACAGCGACGGCGAUCUUUCCAUAUUCUCGCGAGAGUUGGUGGCUAACCUUCUCCCCUCCUCACUUUCCUACCUUCCUCUUCCUCGCCCCUCCCCCCCACCUGGAAGCGGCGCCGUUUCGCUCUGGGAAGUAGGUGGAUACAGAUGGGGAAACCGGCUUGGGGCCCCCGCUAGAGAUUCAGAUCAAGGAAGGGGACCCCCCUCCCUCAGGAGGAACUCACUGGCCGUAGCCAAGGGCUCCUCGGGUUUCCCCUCAGAGACAGGCCUUGGGGCGGGGGGAGGUGUGUGCAACUUCCCUUCUCCUUCCUCAGGAACUUAAAACGUGUUGGGGUAGCAGAAAAAUCCAGCCCCCAGCUUUCUUUCUAUAGAGACUCAAGGCCUUGAGUUAGUGGAACGGGCAACCCUCACCCAAGGGAACCCUUUCCUCGAAUACUUGCGUUGUUUAGAAACGAAAGGACCUCUAUUUGGGGAACCCUUACUUCAGAAGACGGGAAGUGAGCGGGGUCUCUUUCCAGAACGGUUUUUUUUGGGGGGGCACCGUGAGCUCAUUUACAAAACAGGGACUAGAAGCAUCUUGGUCCCUUAAAUUGACACUCCUGCAGUGUUAUUCUUAAACUAGAGAUUAAUUGGGACCUAGAGUUAAGGAAAGGGUGGGUGCCUACUCAGUGUUGUAACUGCCCACCCCUUCCAUCCCACCCUUGAAAUCUGGGAGCAGGGGACAUUUGGCAAGAUUUAGUUAACCCCUGUUGAAAGGGUUGACGUGAGCCCUGUCCAGACUGUAAGCUCUGUUUCUUGGGCAAAUUUUCUUGUAAUAUUCUAAACUUCUUUAUAGACCCAGACACUUGUAGAGCAACCACAUUCAUGUAUAUGUAGGAGAGAGAAGAGUGGGUUGAAUGUAGGAGAAAGGACAAAAGGGAGAGCAGCCCUUCCAUUGUGGGAAGGGGUGUCUUGAGGAUUAGAGUUUGGGGUUUUUGGAGGAUUCCCCCCUCUUCUCAACCACAGUGGAGAAGGAAUGCCAAACCCAGAGAGACAUGGGGGCAAGAAGGAUGUGGGAGGAGGGGGGUCCUUUCAUCAAGAAGCAGUAUCCAGCGGUGGAAGUUCAAAUAGCAAAGAGAGGCACCGGCUGUCCAAGCACAAAAGACAUAAGUCCAGGCAUUCCAAAGACUCACCGUUGGGGGCCCAAGAUGCAGGAGGACCGCUUGGCAGCAUGAUCAAGCCAUUGGUGGAGUAUGAUGACAUCAGCUCUGAUUCGGACACCUUCUCAGAUGAAGCAGUCCUCAAACCAGAAAGGAGGGAGAACGAUGAGAGGAAAGGGACAUCUGAAAGGAGUGACCGGCUACACAGGCAUCGUCAUCACCAGCACAAGCGCAUCCGUGAGUUGAUGAAAAGCAAGCUAGUGGACAAGGAGAAAAGGCUAGACAGGAGCCAAGAAUCUUCAGGCAAGUUGAGUUCCGCUAAGGACAGGGUAUCAGGGGCCUCCAAAAGGAUGCAUGAGGAGAAUGAUGACCAUUCAUCUAAGUCACUCAAGAGUAGUAGUAAGGAGUCCCGGUCAGCAAAAUUGCAUAAGGAGAAGUCCAGGAAAGAGCGGGAGACAAAAUCUAGCCACAAGGACCGCAGCAAAAGUCACCGGAAAAGGGAUGCCCCCAAAAGCUACAAAUCACUGGACAGUCCGAAGCGGAAAUCCAGAAGUCCUCACCGUAAGUGGUCAGACAGUCCCAAACAAGAUGACAGCCCUUCAGGAGCAUCCUACACACAGGACUACGAUAUCAGCCCUCCACGCUCACACACAUCUAGUAAUUAUGAUUCCUACAAGAAAAGUCCCAGUGGGUCCUCACGAAGGCCAUCAGUCAGCCCACCAUACAAGGAACCUGCUGCAUACCAGUCCAAUAUGCGCUCUCCCAGUCCCUAUGGCAGAAGACAGCGGUCAGUCAGCCCAUACAGUAGGAGGCGUUCAUCCAGCUAUGAGCGAGGAAGUGGAUCAUACAGUGGAAGGUCCCCCAGCCCAUUCAACCGAAGGCGCUCUAGCAGUCCUUUUGUUUCCAAGCGGUCACUGAGCCGGAGUCCUGUAUCCAGAAAGCCUGUGAAAUCCCGAAGUAGAAGUCCUGCUUAUUCGAGGCACUCAUCUCAUAACAAAAAGCAGAGAUCUGGGUCCCGCAGUCGCCAUUCCAGUAUCUCACCUGCUCGGCUACCGUUGAACUCCAGCCUGGGAGCUGAACUGAGUAGGAAGAAAAAGGAGAGGGCAGCUGCAGCAGCAGCAGCAGCAAAGGUUGAUGGAAAGGAGAGGAAGGAUUCACCUAGUAUUUUGGCAAGGAAAGAAAACUGCUUGGCUGAAGUUAAAGAGCCAGUUAUAGAGGCAAAGAAGACAAAAAUGGCUAAGCCUGAGAAGUGCCCUUCUGACGCUGAGACGGCAAAUGUCUUACAGCACAAUGCAGAAACAAAAACAAUUCCUGAGCCUGUAAAAACAAAGGCAGCAGAGAACUCUGAGAAGAAACUGUCUGCUUCAGUUAAAGACUCAAAAGCAAUGGGAACAAAAGAUAUGAAAGUUGUUAUAGCUAAGGAGGAAAUUAUGACUCCAAAGGAAACAGAGACAGCUGAGCAAGAGGUCCCACCUCCUUUGCCUUCUGUUAAGUCACUACCUCCUUUGCCAACAUCAUCACCCCCUCCUCAGGCUCCUCCUCCAUUGCCUCCUUUGCCUCCAUCGCCUGUUGUUCCCCCUCUGCCGCCUACCCAGUCAUCCACAAUUCACUCCCCUGCUUUAGUUCCAUCUUGUCUGCCAUCUUCUGCCCACUCCAGGACAUCUCUGACUACUCAGGCUAACUCUCAACCCACUGUGCAGUCCUCCUUAAAGGCACAUGUUUCUGUGACGACCGCUGUCCCACAUUUGAAAACUUCAACGUUGCCUCCACUCCCUUUCCCACCCAUCCUACCUGGGGAAGAUGACUUGGAUAGUCCAAAAGAGAUUAUUCCUCCAAAACCUGUGAAGAAGGAGAAAGAACAGAGACCACGGCAUUUGCUCACAGAUCUCCCACUCCCUCCUGAGCUUCCUGGUGGAGACCCUUCACCUCCAGAGUCUCCAGAACCAAAGGCAGCAACACCACCUCAGCAACCGUUGAGGAAGAGACCAAAAAUCUGUUGUCCUCGAUAUGGUGAGAGGAGACAGACAGAAAGUGACUGGGGAAAGCGCUGUGUGGACAAAUUUGACAUCAUUGGUAUUAUCGGUGAGGGGACUUAUGGGCAAGUGUACAAAGCCAAGGACAAGGACACAGGUGAAUUGGUGGCUUUGAAGAAAGUGCGGCUGGACAAUGAAAAGGAGGGUUUCCCCAUCACAGCUAUCCGUGAAAUCAAGAUCCUCCGGCAGUUGAUUCACCGUAGUGUUGUCAACAUGAAGGAAAUUGUCACAGACAAACAAGAUGCACUGGAUUUCAAGAAGGACAAAGGUGCCUUUUACCUUGUAUUUGAAUAUAUGGACCACGACCUAAUGGGAUUACUAGAAUCUGGAUUAGUGCAUUUCUCAGAGGACCACAUCAAGUCUUUCAUGAAACAAUUGAUGGAGGGGCUGGACUACUGUCACAAAAAAAACUUUCUCCAUAGAGAUAUCAAGUGCUCGAACAUCUUACUAAACAACAGUGGGCAGAUCAAACUGGCAGACUUUGGGCUUGCCCGGCUCUACAGUUCGGAAGAAAGCCGUCCAUAUACUAAUAAAGUCAUUACAUUAUGGUAUCGACCACCUGAAUUGCUGCUAGGAGAGGAGCGUUACACACCAGCCAUAGAUGUCUGGAGCUGUGGCUGCAUCCUUGGGGAACUAUUUACAAAGAAGCCUAUUUUUCAAGCAAAUCUUGAGUUAUCCCAGCUUGAAUUAAUCAGUCGUCUUUGUGGAAGCCCAUGUCCAGCUGUGUGGCCAGACGUUAUCAAACUACCCUACUUCAACACCAUGAAACCGAAAAAGCAGUACCGAAGACGCCUGCGGGAGGAAUUUUCAUUCAUUCCCGCUGCUGCUCUUGACCUGCUGGACCACAUGCUGACACUAGACCCCAGUAAACGAUGCACAGCAGAGCAAGCCUUGCAGAGUGACUUCCUGAAAGAUGUUGAUGUUAGCAAGAUGGACCCUCCAGACCUUCCUCACUGGCAAGACUGCCACGAACUGUGGAGCAAGAAACGGCGGCGGCAACGGCAGAGUGGAAUUGUAGUGGAUGAGCCUCCCUUAGCAAAAGGUUCCCGGAAGGAGUCAACCUCCAUAAUGAGCACAGAUGCCAUCAAGAAUCACAGCAGCCCAGUACUUCCACAGCCUACCCAGAUCAAAACACAACCUGGUGCUGGAGACACGUUUGCAAGCCUUGGUGACAUCACACAGCAGCUGAAUCAAAGCGAGCUGGCUGUCCUGUUGAACUUGUUGCAGAGCCAGACAGACCUCAGUGUCGCACAGAUGGCCCAGCUACUCAACAUCCAUUCAAACCCAGAGAUGCAGCAACAACUGGAGGCCCUCAACCAAUCCAUAAAUGCGCUCAAUGAAGCCACCACCACCACCACACAGCAGCCACAAGAUUCUCAAAAAGUGCCCAAAGAGGAAGCGGUUGUUGAGGAGCUGCCACCACCAGCCCAGUCAUCUGAGGAGCAAGCCACCCCAGAAGCAGCCAGCACUCAGGGAGACAUGCAGAGCGUACUGGCAGUUUUGCUGAGCCAGCUCAUUAAGACCCAGGAGCCUGCAGCAAAUGUGGAGGAGAACAAUAGUGAGAAGAGCAGCGAGCUGCAGGGGGAACGGAAAACCCCCACUUUGCCUCAGGAGGAAACUGCAGCCUGUCCUCACAUUCUUCCACCAGAGAAGAGACCCCCUGAACCUCCUGGACCGCCACCGCCGCCACCGCCACCACCCAGUCUGGCUGAGGAGAACAUCUCCAACACAGCUCAGGAGUUGAACCCGGCUGUGACAGCCGCCCUCCUCCACCUUUUAUCCCAGCAAGAGGCAGGGUCACUGAGCCACCCAAAGCAUGAACCCCAAGUUGGGAGGCCCUCCUUGGAUUACACCAGGUCACAAACCUCAUCCAGGACUUAUGGCACCGAUGGACCCGAAGGCUGCAGCUUUGAUGUUGAUGAACGGAAUUCAAGCCAGACUUUGACGGAAACAUCGCCUCAGGCCUUGGGGAAAAGUAGGACCUUUCUGGGCUCCACAAGUCACCUCGGGGAGUCAAGCAGCUUCCAGGGCGCAGGAUCAGUUCAAUUCCCGGGGGACCAGGACCUCCGUUUCACCCGAGGCCCUUUGGGGAUACAUUCUGCUGUUGAGCAGUCCUUCAUCAAAACCGAGGGGAGCAACAACACACUGGUACACUCAGAGGCCAAAAUUCUCAACUACAGUGAGGUGGGAGUGGCAAAUGCUAGUUCUAGUGACACAGGAACAAGCCACACAUGGGGAAACCCGGUCCAAUCCACUGCUUAUGGAAAAGCUUUUCGUGGGCAGAGUAGAGUGCCUCCAAGAGGAGGAAGAGGAAGAGGGGUACCUUACUAAAAUGACUGGAGAGAGGGGAAUGGGUACUUUUUUUGGUGGUGUUUUACCUUCCUAUUCCCUUCUUGACUUUAGAACAGCCAGUUUAUCUGGGCAAACCAUUGCCCGUGUCCAUCCACCAGAAAAAUGGUUUAUUGUUGCUAUUUUCCCCCCUUUCUGUUCACCAAACUGCUGCUGUCUCCUCCUCCUCCCCGCAGUGGCUCUAGAAUGAAGACCUUUAACCUUCUCUUGACAGCUGUCCAUACCCAAAGAUCUACUGAUUUGGGUUUGAUAUGGCGAGUUUUCUUCUCAGACAUGGAGGGGUGGGGGAGAAGGAAAAAUACCUUAAAAAAAAAAAACACAAUAAAUUGGAAAUAUGAAUGGAAUGUGUCUGCAAGCCUUGAGCCAUUAUUUCUGAGAGUGAGCCCACAGAAGAUCUGGAAGAAGUGAAUCAGUCCUGGCCUAUAAAUGCAGCAAAAUGAGGUGGUAGAAUAAGCUGUACUGCUUCAGAUGGUGUGAGGAAAUCACCCUUUUGGAACACAGGCGCGCACACACACGCGCACUCACAUUCUGCAAGUAGAAAAGCAUAUCAUAUUGGGGAGAGAGAUUCUAGACCAGCCCUUUCCCCUCUGUGCUAGUUUUCUCCUUGGAGGCAAAGCUGUGUCUUCAUAGGAGGGUAGCAUUCAAAAAUGGCCGGUCUGCGGUGGUAGCUCCUCUGCCAUCUCACUCUGCUGCAUGUGUAGAUCAGCCUCAGUAUUGCAAAAGCGAUAUGUGUUUUGUUUUCCCCUUGCCUCCUUGAAUUUCAAGAUGUGUCAGACGGUGCCUACAUGCCUUUUAUACUGAGCUUGGACAACUUGGUUUGUGUUACGUAAGAUGUGGAAUAUUUCCUCCCUCCCAUCCCCUCCAUAGCCACAUUUUCUUCACAUGAAAAGACAGGAUGCUACAUUCUGCCAUGGGCCAACGGUCCCGUUUUACUGUGAAAGGCCACGUGCUGCCAUACUCACCUUCCAAACCUUAGCUGAAUUCAGUUUCUAUAGUGUCCAAGAGUCCAUUGGCUUUUGGAUGGGGUUAGGUUUUUUGUUUUUUUCUCUCUCUCUCUUAAGAAUGAUGAGUGUCUUUUUUUCUUGAGGCCAAAGUAAAUGGCGAAAAUAAAAUGAAAACCAAAAACUUUGUAAUCCUUAAAUUCUUGGGGGUAGGAGGGUGUUUAUGAUUGACGUGGGGGAAAGCUGAACAAGUUAGAUUGUUUGAAGUUUUCAAAGGAUAACAGGUGUUACUGUCUCAUGUGUGAUUUCACUACUUUCGAUGUUAAAGACGCCUUUCCUUGCUAAUACAGCAAUGAGGACCUUUUAGUUUAUUUUUAAUUGCUUUAGUAGCUCACCCACAGUGAUUAAUUUUUACAUUUUGGGGGUAAAAUGUAGAUCUUUACUAUGAGAGAGCAAGCCUGUUGGAGGCUGUAAUUUGAACAAAGAUUGCAAAAUACAGAAACUUGGAAGGGUGACUAUAAUUUCUCAGUAAAACAUCAUCAUUCCUCCUCACUUCCGCUAAACUGAGUGUUCAAAGGGAGAAGCAUGUCAGAAAUUAGGGAGCAGAGGGAGUUCUUGCUCUGGCUUAAGGGCAUUCAAUUUUUUUUUUUUUACUGCUUUCAUAUUAUAGAAAAGCUGCCUAGCAGGGUAGCACAAUGUUGCUGAGGGCAGAAAAGAGAGUAUGCCUUAACGUUUAAGGCUUAAACACACAGCAAGAGGCAGUUCAAAUAGCAUUUAGGAGAAGUGGUGUGGAGGUGGGGGCAAUAUUAGGUGUAACAUGUACCACCUUGUAUUAACAACACACACAGACACAACCUGCUUCUAUUCAUUCUGCAAAGUGUAGUAAGUUUGCAAAAUUCCAAGUGUAAAUUUUGUGUGUUUUCUA